CUCAGCGCUCCAUCAACAGCACACUUUCUUUCCCCCAAAAUCUCUCUCCUUUUACAAAGCAAGAAUUAACUACAAAAAAAAAAAAAAAAAAAACAAACUCCUAAAUUGCAGCAUGCUUCCUUACAGAGACCCCUCUUACCUCCUCCUUGACACCCCUUUUGGUUUGAAAAACAAUGACGGGUUUCCCGCUCUUUCAUCUCCUCAGCUAAAACCACCCUCUCCUGCCCACUUCCUCUACUAUGAUGAAAACCUCAUGAGCCACGCCGACCUUUUCACUGAUAAUUUUACACCGCUACAACUCGAACGAGAUCAAGAAGCCAACACAAGCAAGAAAACAACAGAAACAGAUACAUCAACAGAACCAAUUUCAAGAAAAAAGAAGGGCGUCCAAGCUGCUGGUGAAGGUGGAAAACAAAGGAGCCUAAGGACCGAUCGACACAGCAAGAUCCACACAGCUCAAGGGCUCCGAGACCGAAGGAUGAGGCUCUCCCUCGAGGUCGCUCGCAAGUUUUUCAGCCUCCAAGACUUGCUCGGCUUCGACAAGGCCAGUGCCACUGUUGAUUGGCUCAUCACUCACUCUAGAUCUGCCAUUGAGCAGCACCUCAUCCAUUUGGCUAGUGCUACCAACGUUGAUGCGCAAGAUGCACCUGUCAUCGCUUAUAGUGGGAAGAAAUCAGAUUCUACAAAGAAACACCCUCUUAAAGAAAAGGAUGUGUCAUCCAGAAGUGUGCUUACGAGGGAGUCAAGGGCUGAGGCGAGAGCUCGAGCAAGGGAGAGAACCAGGGAGAAGAAAAGGAUGCUAGUAGACGUUGACAAUGGCGAUGGAGGAAACUUCAACUCUAGCGAAGAUCUCAUCUACAAUUCAAUUGAGAAGGAUGAAUGGCCUGCUGGUGAAGUUCCACAGACUCCCGAUUGUCUGCAAAUGGCAAUGGAUGGUGAAUCGGAUAAACUAGCAAAUGGUUCCUACUACCAAUACAGCAAAGAUUACUCGAUGGUCACCAAGAACGAGGAGAGAGUGAAUUUCUUUAAUGAGCAACUUAACGACGGAAAUUUCUCAGGUGAGUUUGAGGUAUACAGUUACAAUCCUGCAAGGCCUGCAGCAUGAAUCCUAUUAUCGAUAGCUUUUGACGAUCCUUUUACA